GCCCUGGUGGCGGAGCGCGUCUCGGGGCACCAAGUUUUUGCCUCCCGCCCUUGCGGCUCGGCCGGAGUGGAGGCCGCGCUCCCGCCCCCCGAGGAGGCGCCGCGGAACCACCUUGAGCCCGGCCUGCGCUCGCCCCGCUCCCUCCCACCGCCUUCCUGCCCCGCAGCUGGGGGAGGGUCCCGGGCCGGGUCGGGCCGGGGGCGCUCCCGGCUCCGCCGCCACUGGCCGGGCUGUGCUCUUGGCCCUGCCUGGCGCCACUUGUUGAGAUGAAAGUGACCGUCUGCUUUGGCAAGACGGGGAUCGUGGUUCCCUGCAAGGAUGGGCAGCUCCGUGUCUGCGACCUGACCCAGCAGGCGCUCCAGCGGUACCUCAAAACCAAAGAGAAGGACCCUGCUUACUGGGUGAAUAUUCACCACCUGGAGUAUACAGAUGGAGGGAUCCUGGACCCUGAUGAUGUGCUGGCAGAUGUUGUGGAAGACAAAGAUAAGGAGCCCACCAAUUGUACCUGGCUAAGCCCAAGGCCCUGGCCUUUACACUGGCCAGCGCACACAAUUUCCAGGCAGGGCUGCUGCUGCCACUGCUGCAGCCGCCAGAAGACCUGCUUGGCUUCCCUGGCCUCCAAGAGCUCCUCCUUGUGUCCCUGCUGCAGCACUUGCUCUCAGCAGCAGCUCAUUGCUGUGUAUGAUGAACAAGAAUCUCACCACAAGAUUGAUGGCACCAAUGGCAGUUUGACAGAUGGACACAGCCCAGAUCCUUUUGAGAUGGAGGUAGCCGCCCAGCUGGCUGCUUUUCAACCAAUUGGUGGUGAGAUUGAAGUUACACCGUCUGCAUUGAAAUUGGGCACACCACUGCUAGUGAGGAGGAGCAGUGAUUCUGCAUUUGGCCCACUUACUGAUUUCCAUCCAAGUGCUUCACAUCACAGUGACCAUAGUCUGAAGCCUGUUGUGCCAGGUGCACCACAGAUAUCUUUUGAAGAUGAGGAGUUGAAUCUCAUUGGACACACUGAAUUACUGACAUCUCAGAAGACCAAAUUCACUUUCAGUGAUAUGACAAGAAGAGUGGAGAUUUCUGGAGAAGGUGGCCCUUUGGGAAUACAUGUAGUGCCCUUUUUUUCAUCUCUGAGUGGAAGGAUGUUAGGACUCUUUAUUCGUGGUAUUGAGGAGAACAGCAGGUCCAGGCGUGAUGGACUUUUCCAUGAAAAUGAAUGUAUUGUGAAAAUUAACCACGUGGACCUUGUUGAUAGAACUUUUGCCCAGGCUCAGGAUAUCUUUCGCCAGGCAAUGAAAUCUCAGAGUGUCAUCUUAGAAGUGGUUCCUCCAUAUAACCGUGAGGCAUAUGAAAAGUCUGUCAUUGCUCCUUUUUGUUUGCUUGAUACUGAGGAAGGAGUUCCAAAAACAAAAGUUCCACCACCUGUUCAUCCAAAACCAGCUAUAAAAACAGUUGAUCUUUCUGGUAUGAACAGCCUGGACACAUGUGUACAGGCAACAACACUACAACAAACCAAAAGUCCUAACUUGCCAAGGUUGGGAAGGAAACCAUCCUCACCAUCACUGUCUCCUCUGCUGGGAUUUGGCAACAAAAAACAUGCAAAGAGAAUAAAGAUAGACCUCAAGAAAGGUCCUGAAGGACUUGGCUUCACUGUGGUUACCAGGGACUCUUCAGUACAUGGCCCUGGUCCCAUUUUUGUGAAGAAUAUAUUGCCAAAAGGGGCAGCAGUAAAAGAUGGCCGUCUACAGUCAGGAGAUAGGCUACUGGAGGUGAAUGGCAGAGACAUCACUGGCAGGACCCAAGAAGAGCUAGUUGCUAUGCUGAGGAGUACUAAGCAAGGGGAGACUGUUUCUCUGAUUGUAGCUCGCCAGGAGGAAGCCUUUCUGCCUCGAGAGCUGAAAGGAGAGCCCAAUUGUAGUGUUCUUUCACCGGAAACCACAGAACAGCUGACAUUUGAGAUCCCUCUGAAUGACUCUGGUUCUGCAGGACUUGGUGUGAGUUUAAAAGGCAACAAAUCUCGAGAGACUGGGGCUGACCUUGGGAUUUUCAUCAAAUCAGUAAUCCAUGGAGGAGCUGCUUUUAAGGAUGGCCGCCUGCGGAUAAAUGACCAGCUGAUUGCAGUGAAUGGGGAAUCUCUUCUGGGGAAAUCAAACCAUGAAGCUAUGGAGACAUUAAGGCGUUCCAUGUCUAUGGAAGGGAACAUUCGUGGGAUGAUCCAGUUGGUAGUCCUCAGGAGACUGGAGAGACAGAUGGAGGAGCGUUCAGACCAUGGAGUUUUUCAAAAACCAGCUUUUGAGGGCAGUCAUAAUUUUACAGCUAUCUCCAGGCGCAAUGAUACUGUCCAGCAGCAAUUUGUAACUUGCAGUCCCCAGGAAAGACUAAAAGUUUCAGAUCUCCCUAUGUCUGAUCACGGCAAUGCUGAGAAUGAAGUUCCACCUCCUCUGCCACCACACCCUACUGAGGAACUACUUACUGAAGAUUAUAACCAUAGCUCUGUAGUGGAUUCAGCAGCAUAUUUAACAGAUCAGCACAUCAACUUCAGAUCUCUGACACCAGCUAAGCAGCCUGAAUCAAUUAAUCUGAAAACCUCAAAAAGCAUGGAUCUUGUGGCAGAUGAAAGCAAAGUUAGUUCACUGGGUGGACAGAAAUUAGAAUCUCCUGGCAAAGAUUUUGGUCCAACUCUGGGUUUAAAAAAAUCCAGCUCACUGGAAAGCUUGCAGACUGCUGUGGCUGAAGUCAAGAAGAAUGAGCUUCCUUUCCACAGACCCAGGCCUCACAUGGUCCGUGGUCGAGGUUGUAACGAGAGUUUCAGAGCUGCCAUUGACAAAUCUUAUGAUGGACCUGAAGAUGUAGAAGAGGAUGGUUUAUCUGAUAAGAGCUCUCACUCUGGCCAGGAAGCCCAGAACUUUGAAUCAGCCCCUCAAGGGAAUAAUGACCUAGAAGAUGUAGAAGGCAAGGCAAAGAAAGACAAAAAAAAUAAAGAGAAAGAAAAGAAAAAGGAAAAGAGCAAAGGUAAAGUCAAAGAGAAGAAAAGGAAAGAAGAAAAUGAAGAUCCAGAGAAGAAAACUAAGAAGAAGGGUUUUAGUGCCAUGUUAAGAUUUGGGAAGAAGAAAGAGGAUAAAGGGGGGAAAACUGACCAGAAAGGCAAUCCAAAACACAACAUUCUUAGAGAAGAGGAACUGGAAAAGAUGAAAGAAGAGUGUGAGAGGAUUGGUGCAAAGCAUCAGGAGUUACAGCAAAAACAGGCCAGAGGGCUAGCUGAUUACUCCACCAGCCCUGGAGGACCUGAUAUCGAUGAUGAUGAGAUGGACCCAAAUUAUGCCAGAGUAAAUCAUUUCAGGGAGGUUUACCCUGUAGCAAAUGUCUAUAGACCAUCAUCCCCACUGGCAACAGAAACCUUUGGAUACCCAUGUGAUGGCCCACAAGUUCCAGUAGAGAGAGAGUACUUGGAAGGACUCUAUGCAAAGAUAAACAAGCAUCAUCAUCCACAGGCUACUGGUGACAGUGGCUGUCCAGUCAGCGGGAAUGCAGACCGUAUCCAGAAACUACGGAAGGAGUACCAUCAAGCCAGGCGAGAAGGUUUACCAUUCUAUGAGGAUGACGAUGGAAGGACACGGUCAUCUGAUUAUGAUCAACACUGGGUGUCUGGAAAAGGUCCAGAUGGGAGUUCACACAAUCCCCAUUUCGAAGGGAUGGAAAGGCAAUAUGCAUCCUUACCCAGGAGUGGACCCGCAGAAUCAAUGGAGUAUUUAACAGGGCCACGAGUGAUAUACAAGGAGCGAGAUCUUCCUUACUACCAAGGAGGGCAGCCCACUGUCCUCCUCUCUAAAGGAAACUACUCUCGUGCACAAGACAUGAGGGUAGCAGAAUUGCGGUACCCCCAGUACUACCAACCCCAACCACUAACCACACAGCACAAAGGACCCCUCCGCCAAGAUGUCCCACCUUCACCUCCUCAGUCGCACCGAGCACCAGCAUAUAAUGAAAUGGGCAGAGCAAGACACCGUGGGACCAGCCCAGAUCAAUACCAAUACAGACCUCAAGACCCCAGGCAGAAGAAUCCCAUGACUGCAGCUGUAUAGCCUCCAGCUGGAUUUCAUCAGUGGGGGCUGGGAAGGAGGGUGCCUGACAUCACCUUUUCCACAGUUGAUCGCAGCAAGUUUAAUUGUUGGUAAGGGUGACAUCUUCCCUGGAGUCAUUCUUACUGAGGCAAGCUCCUCAGAGUUUUCUUUUCAUGGGGAAGCAUGACUGUGUCAAGGCUAACAUGAGGUACUGCAUCUUUUAAGUCUGAAGUACCAGACAUUCAAAUGUGUUCAAUACCAGUUAAAAAUAAAAAGUGACAGCUGAAAAUUAAGUGUACCAUUUAGCGCAGCUCAGGGCUCUACCACAUCCAGUUACAUGCACGCACAGCAUUCCCUCUGGAUAAGGCUGGUAGUGUCACAAGAGUCCAAUCUGGAGUGACCCCACAGGCAUAUUAUAUUACGGUAGCCUUCUAGCGACAGUACACAUAUAUGCUGCACAAUGCUUCCUUCCUCAGAGGAUCGUCUCUGGAGCUGGGAAUCUUGUGUAGUCUGAUGCUGCGUGCAUCAGUGAGUUUACAGAUGUCUUGUACCGUGUUAGGAGCCACAUUCCAGGCACAUCCAAACAAGCAGUUUUAUAUUUUGAGAAUGCCACAGAUGCAGAUUUUUAAUCUUGCCUUUGUCUUCCUCUUUCUACUCAUUUGUUGAAGCAUUCGUCUUAUAGCCUUCCUGUUUGACAGUUACAUAUCAAGAUCCUCCUUUUUUCUUAUUGCAAGCAGCACAAUUGGACUAAAACUAACUUUAUCAACUUCACUUGCGCACUGUAGAGGGUUUGGACAGAAAUAUCCCAAAAGACAAUGAUAAAGGACUCGGGAACGAAGUGAAUAACAUGUGAGACUGUGUGCAUGUGUGUUUGUUAGUCACAUAGGCUGCUUACAGAUGUGGGAAAACAAAUAGUGCUUUACUUUCAGCUCGGUACACGCUUCAGCAGGGCUUUUUGGUGAUUUAAUCUAAUAGCUGAAUAGCUGAAUCAGCUUUAGACAAAAGCACUAAAAAGCCACCAAAGUACCCAAUCUAUACAGCUGCUGGGGAGCCAGGUUGAACUAAUGCAAUGCCUCUUCUGGUACAGCACUGUGGUUUUUGGGGGGUUGUUUUUUUUUUGGGUGGGGGGAGGGAUUCACAUCUGUCAGCACCCAUAGUGCAUAGCUCUUAAAUGUAAAGUUGAGGGGCCAGAUUCUCAGCAGCUGUCAGUGAAUUGAAAUUCCUUGACUCCUUGGGAGCUAAACCAAUUUGCACCUGCUGAAGAUCUAGCCUUCAGUGUAACAUACCUGAAUUCAGAUGCGAGUUGCUACUCCAUCAGGUUCUUUGAUGGAUGAGGGUGGGCAGAGACAGGUUCUUGCCCUACUCUGGCUAGCUUUGUAUCAAGGUAACUUCUGCAAUAUCAGUUAAGGUACUGUGAGCCUGCUGUGUAAGCCUAUAUUCUAGUCUGUCGCCAUUGUUUUGCAGAGCCUCUGUCAUGUGAACUGUCACCUGUUAAUGCAGGGCCCGCUGUCUGUCAUUGAAAGGAAGCUCAGCAACCAGCAGUGCCUGUUCAGUGCUAAGUGCCAAACAACACAGUUCCCCUCAGCAGGGAUCUACAGGGCAACGGGAGGUGCUUUUAGCCUUCCUGUUUGGCAAUUAUGUAUCAAGAUCCUCCUUUUAAAAAAGCAAUGAUGAAGAGAAUGAGAACCCCAGAGCUUGCUCAAAAACAGGUGGUGGCCAAGAGAAACAGAAUGAAGGGAGAGUCGUUUUAAACAAUGACAUCGCUUCAAGACAGCAAGGCAAGAAGAGGAGAGAAGCUGAGGGAGGAAGCAGGGAAGACAAGGGGAAGGUGCACUGGGUGUGAGCAGAGAGAGUGUACAAGAGAGAGCCUGUCCCCUUCCACCAUCUUGGCACCAGUGUUGGCUCAGUGCUGCUUGGCAGCGUGCAGGGCCAGGAGAUCAGAGAUGCUCUGAGGCAGCUUGAGAUGUGCAGCCCAGCUGUGGCGACUGCUCUGCUCCAUGGUCGUUUGCUAUCUUGUCUAAAAGUACUUCAGAGACUUGGAAGCUGAUCUCCAUGAUUUAUCAUGCCAAGAACGUCAUGCGUAACCACAGGCCCCAAUAACCUAGCAGCACAUCCCACAUUAGCUCUGAGCCUCCUCAGUGCCUUAAACUGCCUUUAGAAGCAUUGUAAGGUAGUUAAGGCCCCUCUUUUUUUAGGGAGAAACCUUGGACCUGGCCAGAGAUUUAAUUACAAGAGCUCUUUGUUGCCUUUUGGCACCCUCUGGUCUGCUGCAAACUGUAUUACGCAGGUCACCUCCCAAUUAUAUAGCACAUGAAAAUUUCAUCCUCCUGAUGGGAGCCCUUUUUAGUAGAUAUCCCUGGGAAAGUGAUUCAUUAGAGGAGAUCUGCAGAGACCAGUGCAUGGCGAAUAGCCUAAUAGCACUAAAAGGGAUCAGAGUUUAAUCCUAACUAAUGUAUUAGUCCCUCACUACAGACUGGUGAGAGAUUGACAACACCCUAGAAGUCUGGGAGUGUUUCCAUCUGGAUCCCAAUAACCAACUGAGAUGGGUUUGUUUAACAGUGUUUGAUCUGAGCCAUACUGCCUAUUGAUCGGGAUGUCAGGCCUUGGGGCUUUGGUUCAUACACAUCUCUGUCUGCCAGACAGAGUAGGGAGACAGCACAAGGGAGACAGCCUCUAGUAUUAUCUAGUAUUACAGGGGGAAAUACUUCCAUAGUCCACAUCUAAUGUGGGAUUCCUCUUUUUUUUUUCUUGGAUGGGGGAAGGAUAGAGGGACAGUACUGCUUCCUGUCAGAUUUGAGAAACUAAAAGGGAGAAAAUGCAACUGAUUAUGAAGCUAAUAUGUUAAAACAUCCAUUCCUACCCUUCUUCCUGUUGCUUGUGCCCUGUGUCUUAGCAGCAUGCCUAGAAAAGGUCCUUCUUCAGUAAGAGAGGAGGGAAGAACUACUGGGAGGAAAUAUGGGUUUGCAUAUCAGGCUGGACACCUCAGGGUGGUUGAGAUGUGGCCCAUCCACUAAUACAAGGCAUUUUCUGUCCACAAGUAAACACGCUGUGUUGUACAUGGGCACAUGCUGUGUACAGCAUUGGUCUUCUCCAAAAGAGCUGUAUAAACUCUGGUAUUCUCAAUCAAUAAAGAUUUGGCAGCCACAGGGUGGCUACUAGUGACAUGAAGGACCGCUUAAAGUGAACGAAAAACAAAUUUAAAUGCUUUCCUUUCCCUUUUUUGAAAUAUAACCCCAGAUGCAUUUGAUCCAGCUGUAAAGAAACUAAUAUGUUUGUGACAGUGGCUUUAUCAAGCCAGGCCACAAUUAAGAACAGCUCUGAAUAUAAGCUACUGCUUUAUAAAUCACUACCUACUAACCCUUCAAAUACCACCGCAGCACAGCUUAUAGACCUCAUUUACAGUAUUUCAGAAGCCAGGGCCAAAUAAAAUCUGGAUGGAAACAGCUUCUGGGUUGUUUAUGGCCUUUGAAGGGCUUGCUCAAUUGUCUCUGUGUAACCUGAAACCCUUCUAACAGCUCCCCUUGACUGCAGUGGCACCACUUGGUUAAAGCAGACAGAUCAAACAGGACACCUUCCCAGUAGUUAAUCUUACCCAAAAGGCUAUUAAAUGAUGCUUCUGCCUCAUGGAGACUUUCUUCCUUUUUCUAAGAAAAGGAGAUAGGACUGUAAUAUAUGGACACAUCGCAUGCCACUGGGAGCGAUGAAGGAAGAACGUUCUGACCUGGCUGGGGACAGGAGCAAAAGGUAUUAAAGCACAUCUCAUUAAUCUGCAGUGCCAUCGUUCUGGAGGGAAACUGCAGUGCACUGGUUUCACAUCUUGCAGAGGUACGAUAUCUCCAAAGUAUAGCAUAUAGCUAAAGCAUAUAUAGUCUGCUUCUCUGCAAUGUAAAAUGUAUGAUUUUAGCACCAUAUUGUGGAAAAAUAUGUACCGUGUAGAUUUCACAAGGUGCUACAACUGAUGGUUGAAAAUACACACUUGCAAAAUCCAAAAGAGCCGUUAAGUAACAAGUUGCUCUUUUCCCCAUAUGUCCAUAUGUUUGGAAAAACUACAAGUCUGAAAUGCUCUUGACAUGUAAUUGCCUCACGCUCCUUUGUCUGAAAUGUGCCAAUCCAGCAAAAACAUUCCUGACGUGAGCUGGGCUUGCAGGGAUAGUUUGGGUUUGCUGCAGGCACAGAAUGCCAUACAUUUGCACAACAGUGUAACUCGAAAGUAAACAGGAAAAAGCCACUCACAUACAAGGUGGGAUGCUUUGAUUUCCCAACUAUGCUGAUGGAGGACAGUCUGGGUUUCUGCUCCUGGUGAAGGAGCAACCGGACUGUGUAGCUGAAAGAUUUAGAGAGACAAAUAGAAGCUGAUGAUUUUCUGAAUGACCGAGCACUAGUGAUCCACUGAUACUGGCCUGCAAGGAAAUAUUACCACUAUGAUGUAUUAUUGUGAGGGUUCUCCAUGGGCAUUGCAAAGAUGCCUUUCUGAAAAAGGGAAGGGACCAAGAAUAAAAACCACCCUUCUUCAGCCCUAACCUCAAAUUCACUCUACUUUCCUGAAUCAGAACAAGCAUCACAAUGCUGCCUAAUUUCUAUAGAGUGAAAGUGCUACCUCUGCAUCUUCUUCACAGAUUUGGUUUUUCACAGAGUCAUCAUUCGGAGGGAAUUCCAGCUGAUUAUUAUUCUUUGGCCUCAUCUUGAGGCUUCCCCUGCAGUUCAGGGUGCUUAUUUACCUCCCAAGAUAAGGCCCCCAGCUUGCACCCAUGAUUGCAGAUGUUUGCAAGAAAAUUCUGACUUUAUGUGCAGGGUCUGUAAGUUUACUAUCAUCAGAUAAAACAGAAUGGUCUGUUUGUAAGUCACUUUUCUAUUAUAUCAUGGCGGGGAGGGGGGGAGUUUAUGAUAUCUGACUAUACUCAUGUGUAUUGAAUAAUAAAAAUAAUUGCAAAAUCAUGCUUGUUUGUCUUGGGGGAGAAAUUCAACACACAAUGAGAUUUUUUUGGUACCACAUAAAGAUUUUGAAUUUUGUUGUUGUUGUUAUAUAUGGCUAUAUAAAUUUUACCUGUUUUAUUUUGCAUUAAAAUAAAAGCUUUACGACUAUAA